AUACGAUGAAAUUAUACUCAAUUCUUGUAUUUCACAAAAACGUCGACACGAGUGAUGUGAAGCUGUUUAAAUCGGAAUGUGAUCUCUCUUCAUUCAGCUUCUUUCAACGUGGAUCCGUUCAAGAAUUCAUGACGUUUACAGCAAAACUUCUUGUUGAGAGAAGUGGAUUGGGAGCUAGAAGUUCUGUUAAAGAAAACGAAUAUCUUGUUCAUUGCUAUGUUCGAAAUGAUGGCCUCUCAGCCGUAUGCGUAACCGAUGCUGAAUAUCAACAACGUGUGGCAAUGAGCUUCCUCGGAAGAGUUCUCGAUGAUUUCACCACAAGAGUUCCAGCAACUCAAUGGCCUGGAAUCCGAAGCGACAAGGAUUGUUCAUACACAGGUUUGAAGGAUCUUCUCGAAAAAUGGCAAAAUCCACGUGAAGCCGAUCCAAUGACUCGAGUUCAAGAAGAAGUAGAAGAGACGAAAAUGGUGAUGCAUAAUACGAUUCAAUCGGUGCUUGAUCGUGGUGAGAAGCUGGAUGAUUUAGUGAAAAAGAGUGAGAACCUGUCGGAUCAAUCAAAAAUGUUCUACACAUCGGCUCGAAAGAUGAACAAAUGCUGCAAUUACGUCUAAAUUAUUGAUAUUCAUACUCUCGAAUUGCGUUGAAAUUUGCUUUCAAUCACAAUUCUAUAUUUAGUUUGCUUCUCGGUAUUUCUUGGAAAUUUUCUCCCUUUGAGUUUCUGUGGUUCUCUCUUUAGCUCGCCAAUAUUCAUGUAUGGAAAUUCUUGACUUUUCACAGAAAUUCCCAAGUUUCCACCAUUCCGACUAGUCUCCACAUUUGAUUGCUAGUUGCUUCAUACUUCUCUCCCACAAUUUCCUUUCCUGUCUCUCUUUGUUUGUAAAUUCUCGCUCAACUUUCAAAACUUUUUUCUUCACAUUUUUCCUUGAAAAAAUCAUUCCCGUUAGGACUUAUUUAGAACAAAUCAUUCACAGUCCAAUCACCAAUCACGCACAAAAUGGUGCCAAAAGCCGUCAAUGUUUUAUCAAUUUUUCUCUUUUUUUUUUGAAUAUAUCAGAUUUGUCUUCUUUUCCCCAUGUCUCUGUUCCGAUGUAUUUUAUUAUUUAAUUUUUUUUUCAAAUUUAAGUGAAACCCAAUGAAUUCGUCUUAG